AUGGCCGCCACACACUCCAGAAGAGCGUCUCUCCCACCUAAUGGCAGCUAUGAUGCGCCGCAAACAAGGUCUGUCGGUAACGGGCCGAGUCGCUCUCUCUCAUCUCGAGCGAGACAAGUCGACACUCAGGCAGAGGGACCAAUGAUGGAAGAUGCAGGGCCCAUUCCGCCUUUCGCUCCGCCUGCUCCUCCUGCACCAGAAGCCCCAAGAGCGCCUUCGUUCCCAUAUCGCAAAGGUGGAGUUCCCCAUUAUGCGAACCCGCAAUAUCGAAAUAUCACUCGAUCCUUUUCCGCUAGGUCAAGAGACCGAGCCCCAGAAGCUACAUUUACACCUGGAGCUGUCGAAUAUGAUGAUGCCUAUGGCGUGCCUAAUGAGCAGAUUCAAACGCAAUGGCACGAUAGCCAACGUGCAUCCCAGCCGAAUCCGUUCCCUAUUAAUGCACCACGGCAACUAGUCGACCUGACACCCGUUGACAGAACCGUUGAUUUGCGAAAGCCUACAGAGCCUGCUCGACCGGCGUUAGGUAGCCAAGCAUCCCCCCUCAGUCGCUCCAGCACUGUCCGAUCUGUGCAGGGAGAAGCACGCGGCUUGCCGGUAGAUCGAUCGCCUCUGCAGAAAUUGGAAACAAGACUUGUGGGGAUGAGUAAAGAAGAAAAGAGAGCCCGAAUGGUAGAGGCGGAACAGAAAUUGCGUGAACAAAUUGCUCGCCGACAAAGCCAGUCUACAGGUUCCACAACACGGGCUGGCUCUCUCAAGACAGAGAAUCGAAAUACAGAAAUCUCGGAAGAGCUCGAAGAGAACAGGACAAAUAUGACUAGAAAUAUUGGACAGGUAAACGAGGAAUUGCCUCGUAGAAGUGCUACUGUGGAUUCACGAUCUAAUAGGUAUAACCAAGGUUAUCAAUAUGCAAGAAGGCAGUCAGCUAUUGAUCGUGAGUCAGCACCAGAGCAAGUUCAAUAUGCCGCAGUUCAGUCCGCGCGUAAGCCACAAUACUCGUCUGUUCAGGAUGGUCAGAGGCGGCGGGAUUCCGCUCAACUGCCCCAACAGAAUCAACGGCAUUCUCGCUCUCUAAGUGUCGGGGGCCCGGGAAAUGGAGAACCAUCCCUCUCAGAGGAUCUACCCAAACAAGGGCCAUCGACUUCGAAUAUCAACAAUAUUGCAUCAAAGAACCCCGGGGUGUCACGCUCAGGCAGCACCAAGGCCUACAAAUUACUGGGACUCGAAAACAAUCAGCAGCCACGAAAGUCUUAUGCGGGCCAGCAGGCGGAAGCAACCACUAUCAAUACCCGCCGCCUGGCUGUGACUGAAGAAGACCUUCUGGACCACGAAACUGGCAUUGCUCCCACUCACUUCGCCGGCACAGCUCUCAACAGGACAGUUGAGAAUGACCAGCAUGAGCUGAAUGAGGAUAUUGAGAGCACGCCGACCUUGAAAAAAUCAAAGCGACACACCGUUUCAUUCGACGUUCCACCGCCGACCCCGCCUCCAUUGUACGAAUGGCAGCAGGCGCCUGUGGCAAGAUUGCGCCUUACAGAUCGAGACUUUGAACGUGUUGAUCUGGAUAGAGGCAAGGCAUGGUGGGAAGAGGGAAAUAGCUCAAAACGACGAAGAAGCCGUGCACUCCCUAGCGACUAUCGAAAAUCUACACCUAAAGCGAACGAGCGCAAUCGAUUUGAUCCACUUUUGUUUUUGAAAUGUGGCCCAUUGUUGCGCUAUCUUGGCAUCAAAAGAACCACCAUCGAUGGUCCUGAAGGGCCCAUCGAACAGGAAGUAUGGCGAGGUAGUAUUAUGAUCGUGACAACAGACUCAUUGUCAUCUCUUGAAACGCCACCGACAUUACGUAUAUUUUCUCAGCCCAUGGAUCUGUUACCGCCACCCCCUCGACAAAUUGGUGACGAACACGGCGGAAAUCUUGCUCCCGAAUACGUUGACCCAACAGCAGGGUUGACUAAAUGCGGUCGUGAUGGUCGCACAUUGUAUGUCAAACCCGUUGAUCAUUUGGAGGAGGAGCUGGACCUUUCGCAAGUGGAGAGUGAAGACGGACUAUUUGAGAGCUCCGCUAGUCCUAUCGACUAUGGCUCUAAUGGAGUCGGAAAACCAGUUCCAAGCAAUAGGCUCCAUUCAGAUGACGGAGAAAAAAGUGGACUCUAUGAGGAAAUCAAAGGAUUUCGCCUAUAUUCUGAUCCUGCCAGGGAUGUGACGUUCUGGCGAUUCAACGUUGAAGUUGAGUUGAGUGAAAAGCAAGAACGCAUUGCAUAUCGCAUUAACGAGGGUCCAGCGAUCGGAUUUUGGGUACCAGCUAAAGCUCAGCCGAUGAACAUCAUGUUCCAUUCGUGUAACGGAUUUAGCUUGUCUGUCGACCGGGACAAAUUUAGUGGCCCUGAUCCUCUUUGGCGAGAUGUGCUUAACGAGCAUCAAACUCGCCCUUUCCAUAUCAUGAUCGGGGGUGGAGACCAAAUCUAUUGUGACAAAGUCAUCGAGGAAGCUGACCUUUUCGAAGAGUGGACGCGCAUCAAGAAUCCCCAUCACAAACACAAUGCCCCAUUCAGUGCUGCAUUGAAAGCUGAGCUAGAGACAUUUUACUUGAACCACUACGCAUCAUGGUUCUCUCAUGGUCUCUUUAGUCUUGCAAACGGUCAAAUUCCGAUGGUUAAUAUAUGGGAUGACCAUGAUAUCAUUGAUGGCUUCGGUUCGUACUCAGAUCACUUUAUGAGAUCUCCUGUUUUCUCUGGUCUAGGCAAUAUUGCGUUCAAGUAUUACAUGCUAUUCCAACAUCAGAGUGUGCCUGAAGAAACCGAGGCAGAUGAACCUAGCUGGAUUCUUGGCCCCAAUCCUGGCCCAUACAUUAAGGAGAGAAGUCGAAGUGUCUUCAUGUCCUUUGGAAAAGGGGUCUCAUUCUUAGGCCUUGACUGCCGUACUGAACGCAUGCGUGAUGAAAUUGUAAGCGAACAGACAUACGACCAUAUUUGGGAUCGAUGUCAUCGCGAGAUUGUGAAAGGCGAGACUAACCACUUAAUUGUGCUGUUGGGUGUGCCUAUUGCUUAUCCUCGACUGGUUUGGCUUGAAAAUAUCCUCACUAGCCGAGUCCUCGAUCCAGUCAAGGCUCUGAGUAGGGCAGGAAUGUUUUCUGGCCUAGUUAACAAAUUUGAUGGUAGUGUGGAGAUACUUGACGAUCUCGACGACCAUUGGACUGCUAAAAACCACAAGAAUGAACGAACGUGGUUGAUCGAGGAUCUACAAGACCUCGCUGCUGAGAAGUCGAUUAGAGUUACGAUUUUAAGUGGCGAUGUACAUUUGGCUGCGAUCGGCCAGUUUUAUUCAAACUCAAAGCUCGAUCUGCCUAAAGAUAAGGACUAUCGUUAUAUGCCAAAUAUCAUUUCCUCUGCUAUCGUAAACGCGCCGCCGCCCGAAAUUAUGGCCGAUGUCCUUAACAGGCGAAACAAGAUACACCACAUGGACACGAAUACCGAUGAAGAGAUGAUUCCAAUUUUCACGCACGAUGUGGACGGCAAGAAUAGAAACAACAAAAGAUUGCUUCCACGCCGUAAUUGGUGUUCCAUUCGACAGAACAACCCCCCGCCAACACCACCUGAAUCACCAGAGCUACCUGCAGAGCAGUUACAGCCUGGGAAAUUGAAGCGUACCCUGUCACUGGGGGCCAGAGGCGACAGUCAAAACAGCAGAGGAGGAUUGUUUCGACGCCUUUCCCUCCGAGGUCCUCCGCCUACAAAGGAAUUCAAUCUGGAAGGUGGACAGCAGCGUCGCUUCAGCACAGACGCAACUAAUCGACUACCUCCCGAAGAAAGCGAUGGUCAUCUGCCCUCUAACGAACCAAGACCCGGAGUAUUUCAUCGACGGCCAACCAAUCUCUCUACAAAGGCUUCUAAGAAGGCCAACCUCGAGGGGGCUGACGGUGCGGGGGAUUUCAUUAAUUUGGAAGGAGGGUUGGAUAUCACAUUAAAUCUUGAAGUCAACCCCAAGGACCCUGCAGGCAUCACCACACCUUACAAAUUACUGGUUCCAGCCCUUUGGUAUGAUGGCGGAUAUGACCCGGAACCCCGCCGAAUCGUCAAAGGAUGGAAAAAGUGGCUAGGUAGGGGAAGGCAAAAGCAGCAGCAACAGCAGCAUCUGGACCAUCCACAUGCAGAUAAUGAUAAUGGCGCCUACGAUGAUGACGAUUACUCGGAAAGUGACAACAGUAAUGAUGUGACCCCGCCAGCUUAUCCUCCUCAGUUAGCGCCAGGGCCGCCGGAAUUUACCAGACAAGGCGAUAACGAGCCAGAUUCCCCUCCGAAGAGGAAGAAGUGGUUGGGUAUCGUCUAG